GAGGGUUGUUUAGUUGCAGUAGCAUGUUUUGGUUUUAAUAUUGUUUUCCCUAGUAGUUUUUAACACUUUCUUCCUCAUUCACAUAUCUGAUUAUUACUUUACUAAUACAAGCCAUUGUAAAAGUCAAAUGUUAACGUGUCUUACGGACAGCUGCACAAUUGUGCAGGUUCUGUUUUAGUCACUUGCAUCAAGUUGUCUGAAAUGAAAGUGAAAGCUCUUCGAGUUGAGUGGCACAGGGCAAGAUAUGUCCAGAAGACCGUUUUGUAACAUGAGUUUAAACGUCAAUAUUCUUAUCUGUUUAUUUCUCUGUGGAGAGGUGCCAGGAAUCCAGUCUUUCGAACAGGUGCCUUGGCUGCCCUGUCUGCUGGUGGAUGAAAGUGUAACGUUCAAUGAUGAGGGACAUGCUGAAACCGAGUACCAGCACAGAGACGCUGGGCUGCAGUUUGGCCAUCCAGGGGACAGUGCUUUGAACCCGAAUACGAUCACCUUCCUUGUUACAGGCUCUAAGGUGGACAUGAGGAAGUACAUUGAAGGAGUAGUGGAGCACCAACUGCAGUGUGAGAUCCGCAGGUACAACACAGAGGGCCUCCAGAUGCGUUGGCCAGGUUUAGGAGCCCAGGACCAUGACGUCUGGUUCACCUGCACCAUACGGCACACGGGCGGCGUAUUCAUCAUCACCAGCUUCCUCAGACACACCCCUGCAACGCCCACACCUGGCCAGGCACACUACAGCAACUGGGCCGCCAUCGCAGACAGAGCGGCGCUAACCACUUCAACUGUGAUGCUAGUCCUCACCCGCUCUCCCUCUGUGCGGGUGGGCCUAGUGAAGCAACAGAGCCUGCAUUGUCAGUUUGACGUGGACCACAAGGCAGCUGACCUGACAGUGGAAUGGCGUUUGCAACGACACGGCGAACGCACCACGCUCUUCAGCCACUCCAGCCGCUCGGGCCAGUCGAAGGGGAGCGGGGUGCCGCUUAACGCCAUCGGUAGAGGCAACGCAUCCCUGACGCUCCCCCUCACCAAGCAGAGCAGCGAGGGGACGUAUGUCUGCCUUGUCUCAGUGCCUCCGCUGUUUGGUAGCCAUGACAUCACUCUGCACAUCAUGGAGCCGCCUCGCGUGUCCUUGAACGUGGACUCUACCAUCUUCCUGGUGGACAGGGGGGAGCAGAAGGUGGUGUGUGAGGCAGAGGGCUACUACCCCCUGGAUGUGGAGAUGGAGUGGUUCAGGGAGCCCAGUGGUGGAGGUGGAGGCCUCCUACCAGAGAAGCUGGACACUGUCCUGUACUCCAGCCACCGCCACCACCAGGACGGGACCUACUCUCUGUCGGCCUUCUUCCUGCUCCACGCUUUCCUGCAUGACUCGGGCUCCAAGUACUUCUGCAGGGUGUCUCACAGCUCCCAGCGCAUGCCCAUCCGCAAAAGCUUCACCCUCAUCGUCACAGAGUAUGACAGUUGGAACGCUGCACUGUGGUUGUUCUUUGGCUUUGGAUCCAUCUUGGUCAUGGUGGCCAUUUUGUUUGUGAUGCUACCCCGCCUGAGCUCAGCAAGAAAAGCUAAUCAGCACAAGCCCUACUGAGAGAACAAUCCAGAGUGGUCCUUCUCUUCAUCUCUGGACUUCUCCAUCAGAUGGUUUAUUUUGGAGUUAAUGUUUCCCCUGAAUCUCCUAUUAUUAAAAGUAAGAAAAGACAGUUUAGAGAGACUAUCCCACAAGGUCAUAGUACUGCUCUACGAUGAGAUUGUGUAAGGUGGCUUAAUUUUCCUAUACGAAUACUUGACAUGGAAUAAUUUUUAUUUUAUAAAAAUGCAUGAUAAUGUAUGCUAUGAAAAUAUGCACUAGGAACUUGAUUUGUUUAAAAUUUAAAAGCAAGGGCACGGAUGAGAUUGUGAAUAUAAAUGUGUAUUAUUUAUUUGUAUUUAAUAAUUGCUGUUGCAUUUACUGUUUUAGCUCUAGAGGUUUCUACUAAGUUAACAGGUGUGUGAUGUCAAAUCCAAUCAGCACAAAUCAGACAUGGAAUGCAACACAAUGUGCUUCACAGGGAGAGAAAAAAACUGAAAUAAUUACUACACAAGUGUAAAUAGGAUGAAAACCAAAGAAUAACAAGCUGAAUGACUAAAAAACACCCUAAGCAAAAGCAUAGCUAAAAAGGUGUCUUUUAAGAGCUCUUUAAAAUAUGACCACAGUUUUUGCCUCCCUGCGGUUCUCUGGCAGGCAAUUCCAGUGGCUGGGGACAUAAUAGCUAAAAGCUGCCUUUCCAUGUGUCUUGGUCCUAGGUUGAGAGUUCAAUAGAAAGCCCCUUUGUAAUAAUUAGGUCCAGAGUAUGGCUGCAGUUAUGGGUGGGCCCAAAAACAUGUUGGAUAAUGUCCCUAGAGCUCAAAAGAUUCAUAAAUUCUCUUUGUCAACAUAAAUUUAAGUCACCCAACAUAAUGAAUUGAUUAUAGUUCUCAAGGACACUAGACAAUAGUUCAGAGAAAUCAGUAAAAAAAAAGUGUGGCAGUGCUUUGGUGGCCUAUACAGGGGUUAUGGCGAGCACUGGUGUCUGCCAUUUUAAAACAGUAUAGCGGCAUGCUCAAAAGUCCCAAAGUCGCCAAACUACAGCUGAGAGCAUUAGUAAAAAUGGAGACCCCCCCCACCCACGCACACACACACUUUGAAAAUAUGUAGUUUGACACUGUCUUCUGCUGAAAGCCAAUCUGUUUCCAGAGGCUGUGGCGUAAUCUUGGUUAAGUCUUUAGUACCAUACAUAUGGAGAAAUACUGUGCCAAAGCCCCAUCUCUGUUUCUACAUAGUUAACUUUACCAUAAACACUUCACUCAGGAAUGGCAGCUGUUCCCAAAGGGCACUUGGUACAUUCCCCCCAAGCCAUACCUUUGGGCACUAAUGUUGGCACGUGGGGAGAAGUGUGGCUCUGGAGAGGCUAUCAUCACAGAGCAGAGCCAGUGUAAAGCUGUGUGCCUGGUGGGUCAGGAGUCAGCUGAGGGCCAGGGCUCUGCUCCGGCACACAGCCCAGCUCAGAGCUCCACCAGUGGAAAGGGCUGUAAUGGGAUCUGGGGGCUCAAAGAUAUACCGAGUAGACCCACGGGUAGUUCUAACUGAGCAUCUGCUUCCAGUAAACUAUGAUGAUUCACAAUCUGGGGUCAUACUAGGGUCAGGAUUGGUUGUGAUCUAGGUCUAUUAUAGUCAACUAUUGUUGUUGGUUACAUAUUUAGUCCCUCGGAAGGGCUCCAUCGAAUAUAAACUUGGAAAGUAAAGAGACAGAUCUGGAUGAUAACUUCCCUUCAGUAAAUGUUCCCGGGUGAGUUUUGGAGAUACUACUUCAUCAAAGGGAUUGUAAAACAAUAAUGUAGGUGUAGCUAGUUUAUUUGCAAAAAUGAUUCAUGCCAAUUGUUGACAAGCAUGCACUUGUUAAGCAGUGGUACAAAAAGUACCCAAUUGUCAUACUAGAGUAUAAGUAUAGAUUAGAGGUCGACCGAUUGUGUGAUUU